CGCUCGUCGCGCCACAACGCACACAAAAUGCAUCGCUCCUCCUCCUCCGCAAACAAAAUCUCUCUCUCUCUCUCUCUCUCUCUCUCUCUCUCUCUCUCUCUCUCUCUCUCUCUCCCCCCCGACCCUUCGCCGAUCCCUCUCCUCCUCCCCUCGUCGCCGCCGAUGCCGAGCUCGCUCCUCGCCCCGGCCCAGAGCCGCGCCGCCGCGGCGCUCCUCGCCCUCGCACUCGGCCAGGCCCAGCUCGACCACUCCCGCCCCCGCAACUCUGCCGCCGAUGACGGCGGCGGCGGCGGCGGUGGUGACCCCUCCGAUCUCUGGACUCAUGAGUCCCACGCCCUGCUACGCCCCGUUUUCCACCACCUCGGGAUCGAUCCCGAUUCCUGGGCGGCAAUCGAGGAGACCGCGGCGUCGAGUUGCCCUAGGGAUCGAAUCGCGGAGUUCUUGAAGAUAAUCUUUGACAACAACGAAACUUCUUCAGAGAGAUCAGAGGAAGAGCUUGCAUUGUCAAAAGCUAUCGAUUCAAUUGUCGCAAGCUUGAAAACGGCUUCCGGUUCAACUGAGGUUGCCAAGGAAGAGCAAAGUGAACAUAAAGAUAACUCUGAUAAAAGAUUUACUUCUGAUAUGGUGCAUAAAAUUUCUGAAUUGACAUCUAGUACGUCAGAAAUCAUUGGACAAUUAUCUGAUGACAGAUCCAUGUUAUCUAUGUCUGCUGAAAUGUUUGAUUUAACAAAGAUAAAAGUGUUUUUCGGACAAGAGGCGGCAAUUAACAAAUCGACUGUUCUAUUGGAUAACAAGUCAAUUAUAGUGGAUUUUCCGGUCAGUGAUCAACGGAAAUUGGGCUUUCUUUAUGAACUUCUUUCUGCUUGCGUGGCUGAUAUACCUGAUGAUGAUAAAAAGAGUUCUCAACACAGAAAGGGAUACGAUGCUCGUCACCGCAUUGCUCUAAGAAUUUUGGCUGGGUGGCUUGAUGUCCAAUGGAUAAAUGUGGAAGCCAUGGAGAUAAUGCUUGCUUGCUCUGCAAUAGCUGCAGCAAAAGAGGCAUUGCAGUCCGAAGGCUGUCAAUCAGAAGAAAGUAGCUGGUCUAGAUGGAAGCGUGGUGGCAUCAUUGGUGCUGCGGCAUUGACAGGAGGAGCCAUGUUAGCAAUUUCUGGAGGUCUUGCUGCUCCAGCAAUUGCCGCAGGAUUUAGUGCACUAGCUCCCACUUUAGGAACCCUAGUCCCAUUUAUUGGAGCUGGUGGAUUUGCAACAGCCGCAGGUGCUGCAGGAUCAGUUACUGGCUCUGUAGCUGUUGCUGCAUCAUUUGGAGCUGCUGGAGCUGGACUUUCAGGGACCAAAAUGGCUAAAAGAAUUGGAAGCAUUGAAGAGUUUGAGUUCAAAAACAUUGGAGAAAACCACAACCAGGGUCGCCUAGCAGUUAGUAUUUUUGUUUCUGGGUUUGUCUGUGAGGAGAAAGACUACGUAGACCCCUGGGAACAAAUUGAGGUUAACUCUGAGAGGUAUGCUCUUCAGUGGGAAUCGAAGAAUUUGAUUGCACUAAGCACUGCGACCCAAGAAUGGUUCACUUCAACACUCACUACGGAGUUAAUGAGGCAAGGAGCCAUGAUGACUGUGUUAAGCACUCUCGUGUCUGCAAUAGCUUGGCCAACGGCAUUACUUUCAGCUACUGAUUUCAUCGAUAGCAAAUGGUCGAUUGCUAUUGAUAGAUCAGAUAAAGCAGGGAAGCUUCUUGCUGAAGCUCUUUUGAAGGGUUUACAGGGUAACAGGCCAGUGACGCUUGUUGGCUUUUCACUAGGAGCACGAGUUAUAUUUGAAUGUCUGCAACAGUUAGCUAAAUCAAAAGAUAAUGAGGGAAUUAUAGAGAAGGUUGUUCUUUUAGGUGCACCAAUACCACUGAAAGCCGACCAAUGGGAGAGUGCAAGAAAGAUAGUUGCUGGGAAGUUUGUGAACGUUUUCUCGACGAAUGACUGGAUACUUGGGCUAACUUUUCGCGCAAGUCUGAUGACCCAAGGUUUGGCUGGAAUUCAAGCAGUCGAAGUCCCUGGGGUAGAAAAUGUUGAUGUUUCUAAUUUGGUCGACGGUCAUUCUGCGUACCUUCAAGCUGCCAGCAAAAUCCUCCAACAACUUGCAUCGUAAGAAUGGUAUUUUUCUCCAUCCUCUGGUGUUACAAAAAAGCUCAGUUUCCGAGUCUCCAUAGGUGAUGUUUCUCCAAAAUUCAGAGGUCUUCUUGAUUAAUUGUAUAUUGUGUUUCCAAUUCAGGCACAAUAAAAAUGCUAGACCUUUUGAGUUCUAGUUAGUUUGGCGACAGUGUACAUCUUUAUGAAGCUUGUAAAGAUCCUUUACUAUGGCAGCUAAACCAAUAUUGUUCUGAA